AUGAACAACAUGAUCAAUCCCGGAAAGUACAAGAUCGCCAAUUUCAAGUAUCCAAACCUAUACGUCUACAUGACAGGAGACGGGGACUUAGUUAUGCACACCGUUGCUCAAAUAAUCCAAGUCGAUGUCAUAGACAAGGUUCAGCAUUUUGCGACUAUCUUUGAUACUGCAACAAACAAGUACCUUGGGUGUGACUUGGAUGAUGGCAAAGCCAAAGGCUUCACCGAUUCCCAGGUGCUCCAGUUGUCGAGUGAUGACGGCGUCAAAUUUGACGUUAAUCACGUGUGGUUCCUCAAAGAAGGCAAAGACUGGACCCCUAUCACUGUUCAGCCAGCUCCCGACUCGGACGCGAAGUACUGGAAGUUCGAAAAGGUGGAAUAG